CUCCAUCAUCGCCCUCAUCACCAUCCUUACCAUCAUCACCAUUAUCAUUAUCAUCACCAUCAUCAUCAUCACCUCAGAAAAGUCCUACUUCCAGCCCGAGAAAAAAUAAGCCUAUGCUCGGAUUGGGCUUUGGAGGUGUUCCUUAUCGCGCGUCUAUUCCUAUUUGUGAGCUGAAAUUUCCGAAUGAGAGAGAGAAGAGAGAUGUCGGGGGCUCUGUGAUGGGUGGUGGUGGUGGUGGUGCUGGUGUUGAGAAUGACAAGACUAGUGUUUCUUUGAACAGCAGCAACAACAACAACAACAACCAAGAACCCGACACACCCAGUACCAAUAGUCCUCAAACUCCUACGGACAUUUCUGAACCUUUUUCUUAUCAUCGGGAUUUGGGAGGUGGGAAAACAAGGACGAGAAUAGCAGCAGUAGCAGCAACUUUUGAUUCUGCUGCGACGAUGCGGGAUUUGAAUUUGAAGAAUAGCGACAACAACAAGAACAACACAGAUGAAUCCGAAGAAGACGACCACAACGACAACGACCAUAAUAAUAACACUAAUAAUAAUACCAAAAACAAUAAUAAUAACGACCAUCACGACAACACCAGCAACAACCCAUCCCUCUUCAACCCCAACCAAAUCCCCAAACCGACUUUUCACGAUCUCGAAGAACCCUAUGGAGGAACAAAACAUUUCAUGAUGGCUCAUGGAUUGAAAUGGUACGAUUCCACAGAUUGUGCAAUUCGAGAGGAAAUUUUGGGCCAGUUGAGGGAUAUGGAGUGGCAGAAUCGGGUGAAUGAUGCUCGGGAGGAGUUUGUGAGGAUGGGGGAGGGAAGAUGA